AUGGCUCGUGGACCGAAGAAGCAUUUGAAGCAUUAAUAUGCUCCGAAAUCAUGGAUGUUGGACAAGUUAUGUAGUGUCUUUGCACCACGACCAAGCACUGGCACACAAAUUAUUCUGCAAAACCAAUUGAAAUAUGCUCUGACAAAUGCUGAAAUAAAAGAGAUUGUUAUGCAGAGAUUGAUUAAAAUUGAUGGUAAAGUAUGAACAGAUACCAACAACCUAGCUGGUUUGAUGGAUGUGGUCACCAUUGAGAAAACUGGAGAAUAUUUCAGGAUUUUGUAUGAUGUGAGCGGUCGAUUCAUUUUACAUAAGAUCACAGCAGAAGAGGCAAAAUACAAGCUUUGUAGUGUGAAGCGUAUACAAGUUGAGCCUAAAGGAAUCCCUUUCCUGACCACUCAUGACGGCCAGACUAUUCACUAUCCAGACCCUCUUGUGAAAAUGAAUGAUACUGUUUAAGUAGAUAUUGCCACAAGAAAGAUUAUGGACUUUAUCAAGUUUGAUUCAGGUAACCUUUGUAUGGUGACUGGUGGACACAACUUGGGAUGAGUGGGUAUUGUCACUUCUAGAGAGUGACAUCCAGGUUCCUUUGAUAUUGUCCAUGUCAAACAUGUCCAGGGACAUACUUUUGCUACUAUGUUGAACUACAUCUUUGCCAUAGGAA